AUGGGCGCAUACAAAUACAUCAGCGAGUUGUACAGAAAAAAGCAGUCCGAUGUACUGCGUUUUCUCCUCCGUGUCCGAUGCUGGGAAUACCGCCAAUUGAAAGUCGUUCAUCGUGCAUCUCGCCCUUCUCGCCCUGACAAGGCCCGUCGUUUGGGAUACAAGGCCAAGCAGGGCUACGUUAUCUACCGUAUCCGCGUCCGUCGUGGUAACCGCAAAAAGCCAGUUCCAAAGGGUGCCACCAACGGCAAGCCUGUUCGUCAGGGUGUCAACCACUUGAAGCCCCAGCGCAGUCUCAGGAGUACCGCUGAGGAACGUGUUGGAAGGCGUUGUGGAAACCUGCGAGUCCUGAACUCAUACUGGGUAAACCAGGACGGCGUUUACAAGUAUUUCGAAGUUAUCCUUGUGGAUCCCAACCACAAAGCUAUUCGCCGGGAUCCCCGUAUCAACUGGAUUACCAAGCCAGUGCACAAACGCCGCGAAGCCCGUGGUCUCACCAGCGUUGGGAAACAGAACAGGGGAUUGGGCAAGGGCCAUCGUCACAACCACGCUCCUGCUCGCUCAACCUGGAAAAAGCACAACACACUCUCUCUUCGUCGUUACCGCUGA